UCUAUUGUGAUUUUAGCCACCAAAAUAAGAACACCACCUUGAAAGCGUAGUAUUUACAAAAGUCCCUAAGCGGCAAACACUCUGUUUAACAGUGAAAAUGAAUGUGUAUUCAUGGUUUCGACUUAGCAAAAAGGGAUCUUCAUCGCAAUCAGCAACGACAACGGCAACAAGCAAUCAAAACGAUGAAGAACAGUUGUAUGGAAUCACUGAGGAGUUGAUUGAUCUCAUCAAGUCGUUCACUCUUGAAACAUUCAAGAGCUUCAAUCUCCAAGAUGAACAAGGAGCCAAUGAUGGAGCUGAAUCAACUUCUGGGAAUAUACAAAAGGAUUUGUCUGAUUGGCAAGAGAAACAUGCCGUCCUUGUCCUAUCAAGGUCCAAGGAACUAUCACAACUUAGGUUUAGAUUAUGUCCUCGCUACUUGAAAGAAGGACAAUUUUGGAGAAUUUAUUUUAUCCUUGUGAAGAACUAUGUUGCAAAAUAUGAGUUACAUGCCAUACGAAUGGAGAAACUUAAACAGAUUGCAUCAGAGAAUAAGAAAAAAGACUCAAAUACAAAUGGAUAUGAAGUUGAAAUGUUGGAAUCAAGAAAGCCUACACAUCCGGAUCCUACAACUUCCCUUAAAUAGAAGGUGAAUCAUUCCAAAAAUCAAAACGGAAACAAGUUCAACGUAGUUGUUAGUUGUUCUUCCAUAUUCAUGAAACAUGAUUUUUUAUGUAUUUUUUUUCUUUUGUAUAUACUUUUUAAGGUUACAUCCUCUUGAAAGCA